AUGCAGGGGUUUAGAGGCGGACUGUUCAGUGUACAUCAGUGUAGAGAGAGAGAGAGAGAGAGAGAGAGAGAGAGAGAGAGAGAGAGAGAGAAAGAGGAGGAGGAGGAGGGGUCGGGUUUUGGUUCUGCACAGACGUGAGGAGAAGGAGCAGGAUGAGAUUUUGAGAGUGGAGAACAUUUUGGAGAAUCAAGUUCCUGAAUGGAGAACAAGGCCAUGUACCUGAGCACAUAUGAGGAGCGAGACAAUGGCUCGUUUUAUGAGGAGGGCUACGAUGGACGGAACCUGUCCAAACUCAACCUCUGCGAAGAAGCGAGUUCUGGAAAGCGGCGGAGGAAAACUGACGGCUGCUGCGGCCACUUGGACUCUCUGUCCGCCAUCAAAUACGCCAUCGUUUCCCUUUACAUCCUGGUCUUGCUGAGUAUAUUCGGCCUCUGCAUCGCAGUUUCCAGGUCCCAGGCAUCAUCGGAGAAGCAGGAGGCUCUGCUGGAGAACGUGACGCGUCUGGGAGAUCGCUCCGAAGCUCUGCGGGAGUCUCUCGGCCAGCUGCCUUCCCAGAGCGACCUGCUGGAGAACAUCUGGAAGCUGGAGCGCCUCUUCCACAACCACAGCGAAGAGCUGAGGCAGCUAGGACGCCUGGUGCAGGGUCUGGAGCGGGACAUCCAGGACCUGCAGGUAUUUAGCGAACACGCCACGGGCUCUAUGGCCCAGAUGGAGGAGCAGGUGGGAAGCAGCCAGAGAAACAACAGCGCACUAAGAGCAGCUCUGGCCCGAGCCGCCGCCUCCAUCCACGGUCAGGAUGCCGCGCUGCAUGACACGGUGGGUCGAAUGGACGUCCUUCGCCAGAAACUGGACGAGGUGGACUGGACCGUGGGCUCCAUCAACCACUCGCUCAGCAGCCACGUCAGCACCCAGCGGCUGCAGAUGGAGCUGCUUCAGGUGCAACUGGGCAACGUGACCCAGGACGCCAGGAGUACCAGGAUCACGCAGAUCCAUCUGGAGGAGCAGAUGAGGAACGAGCUCGAGAUUCUCAACGUCAUCACCGAGGAUCUGAGGCUCAAAGACUGGGAACACUCCAUGGCCCUGAAGAACAUUACAGUCAUCGAAGGCCCUCCAGGACCAAAAGGUGAGAAGGGAGACGUGGGGCCUUUAGGACCUGCUGGAAUCCCUGGCCUGCCGGGCUUUAGAGGUGUGCCAGGAGAAAUGGGCAUCCAGGGGCCACGAGGACUUUCUGGCACCAAUGGAGUCGAUGGCCAAAUUGGGGAGAAAGGAGAUACUGGACCAAUGGGACCCAAAGGACAGAGAGGAGAACGGGGAUUCAAAGGAGAGAAGGGGGACCGUGGGGACCAAGGAGGUAAGACAGCCGAGAACGCUCUGGUGCGUUUGAUGAACGGCUCAGCAGCACACGAAGGCCGGGUGGAGGUGUAUCACGAGGGCCGCUGGGGGACGGUGUGCGACGACGUGUGGGAUAAGAAGGACGGAGACGUGGUGUGUAGGAUGCUGGGAUUCCGCGGCGCACAAGAGGUCCACAAAACCGGGCGAUUCGGACAAGGUACGGGUCUGAUCUGGAUGGACGACGUGGCGUGUAUCGGCACCGAGGACACCAUCCACCAGUGCAAGUUCUCCGGCUGGGGCAAAACCAACUGCGGUCACGUCGAGGACGCCGGCGUGACGUGCAGCACUUAACCCCCUCCCCCGUUCCAAAGACAUUUCGCUGAACGGACAGCUUUACAUUCCGGACUGCGGCGCAGCGGCUGAGAGAGUUACGCCGAAGACGGCCUCCCUCCACCGUAAAAAGACAAGCGGCUCCGUUUGGGCCUCGUUUUCAGCAGGGUGGUGUUGGGGAUUAGUCCAGCUUCCACAGAGCUAACAGGGACUGCUGUCGGAACAAAUUUACAGCCUUUCCUAAAAAGGAUUGUAUUUACAUCCUAAAGCCUGUUGUUUUUACUUAUAGGGGAACUUUGUUUUUAAAAAAAAGUGUAAUAGAUUUUAUAGUAGCGCAUUUUUAUUACCGUCAUCUUUUCCUAGUGACCUCAUUCUGACGACGCACCGCCAAAUCCGCUUAAACAGCUGUAGGCUGGGAACAGGAAGUGUGUAUGAACUGUAGCAGUAUUAACAGAUAGCGUAUCUGUACCACAUGCCAUGAAGGGACGAGAUUCACGCAGUUUUACUUGAAGUUCAGUACUAUGUGCCUUCUGAUAUUUCUGAUAUUACAGUAUUCACUCAUCAUCUCUCUCUCACACACACCUCUACUUCUCAAGUGUCUUCACUGAAACACGAGUAACCGGAUUCAGUGUUUCGAGUGCAGAGUUUAGAGCAGGGAGGAAAUUUCUGGAAGCCUGCACGGUUUCGUGCCAAAUCCCUUCUCGCUCGAUCGGCCGGCCGAAGUAGGAUUGGAACGAAACCGCUCAGGAGGGCACAGCUCCAGGCUUAGGAAGGGGAAAAACAAGCGACAACAACAAUACGUGUAGUCAACAUCGCACGCUCACUUAAAAGCGGAAUAUUUAACACGUAAACGAAACCGGAACGAUAUUCCCUAAAUCACUAACAUUCACGCUUUAGGCCACGCCCCUUAUCCGAGAUAAUAAAACAAGCGUGUGUGAUGUAGUUCAAUUGAAAUGGUAGCUACAAGAUUCUCGGCAACAAAACAAUAAACGCCACGCUGCGAUCACACCCGCAACUGACGAGGCGCUUUCGAAUCGAGAUUCUCUCAAUUCUUAUGGAUGAAGUGACGAACCGGAACGAGGUCCUCGGCUCCUACCGCAAAAAACGGAAGUAACCUUUUUUUUUUUUUUUUAACCGUGGUUUUCAUCCGAUCCGGUCAUACGCGACAUUUCGACCAAAAAUAAAGCUAACUACACUUAGCGUGCUUUGCUAAUCUGAGAACGAACCUAGUACGUAACGUCAGUCGAAACAGCCAGCGUUCAACUUUAGAAACCGUACGCAACAGAAACACCGGCCUGGCCACGCCCACGGCGACAUUACGACUCUAAACACCACGAUUCAGGUCGAUCGACUUCAUACAUCCGGUGGAAGGAACAACUUCGCAUUUCAGUUCUCGCCGAUGAACGUCUCCGUGCAUGCGUAAGCGAUUAUCUGGGGUUGUUGUUUUUUUUUUUAAAGACUAGAGCAAUGCGUUCCGUGUAAACGUCGCACAAGAGCCAGCGGAGAACUUUUGGCUGCUAGAGUUUCAACGCUCACCUCACGUUUCCUUAAGUGCCUCCUUCCACAUCAGGCUGCCUGACGCCAAAGACCACACACACCACCUACGGAGACGAGCGAUCCGUCGUACGCGCUUCUUCGAAGUAUUUUUAUACUCUUACCUCCAUUUUUAAACGCGUUGCUUAAGUAUUUUUGUACUAUAAAAUGCACAUUGUGAAAUCCUUUCUGCUCGAGGAGAAAUAAUUAACGUCUUGCAGUUAAAAAUAAUAAUAAACGUCUGAGUUUUUGGUUAUAAUUGGGUUAACUGUUUAUAUUUACUUCACUGAUCUCGUCUUGGUGGGGUUUUUUUUUUUGUUUCCUGUAACGUAAAGGAAAAACGUGUAAAACCUCGCUAGCUGGAAAUGAAUAUAAACCCGACUGGUCCGGUCUGUAAGCGGAUACCGACUGUUAAAAUAUCCGAAGUGCCGUGUAAGUCUCUGUGGGAAACGUCCAGGUCAUCAUGUGUGUUAAUAAAAGCAUUACCGUGUACAGAUAUUACCUUUAAUGACGCUUUAAGGCCGUCCGUCUCCAGCCCUGGCCGUUAUUCCUGGAGGAGAUCUCAGUGAAUCAUCAGGAGGACUUGCAGUGGUAAGGUCUGAUCCGUAAAACGCUCUCGAGUGAGUUCAGGGGCUGUAUUAAUGUAAGUAAUGUCUGAUCUGAUCCUCUGGAUCACACCGGACAGUCGGAUUCAUGACGCAGCGUCUCAGAGAAGAGGAAGAAAAAACACGUCACGAACGUACGCGUUUAUCUUUCAGGGUUUGCUUUUAAAUCUCCAUAUGAAGAGAGAAUAAACGGUGUUUGUGCAUGCA